CGCAUUGCCUUUAUCGGCUCAUGCCAGCCAUGUGUUGCACUGAUAAGGCCGACGCAUGUAUGCACGUGUGUGCGUGUGUGUCUACUCAUCCUAUGUAUCUAUGUAAAACAAAUAGCUAUUUUUAGCAUUAUUCAUUGUGUAUGUGUCCGACACAGCAACAACUAUAUCUCCAACAUGAAUUACUCCUGAAGCCUUUGGGCCUUGGUUUUUGUUCAGGAAAAAGACUUGUUGGUGGAAUGAGAUCCAUGGCCUCAUUAUCUUGAGGAGGAAGUGAGCAGUUAAGACGUAGCCAGUGCGUUUGGUUGUUUUUCUCAUAGCGUCAGAAGAGAAGUGAGUGAUGCAGAGAUAGAGGGUUGAGAGGACAGUUGCUUGAGGGAGAGAGGUACUGGAACUAAUACACCUGAGAGUGAAUCGACUGCAGAGGAUGUCACAUUCUGGACAGAUUAAAGAGUUGGUCGUCUAGCUGCCAGGAAUAUGACUGAGAACCAACUGGAACAUGAGCUUCUGCCAUUACCUCAGUCGUCAUUCGCUCAGCCUCCAGCGCCCGACCACCCCCAAGGUCCUCAUCAGAACCAGCUGCUUCAAGGCCUCGCUCAGCAUGAUAUCCCACUCCACCCACCAUCAGACUCAGACUCCAGCACCCAGAACAGGCACCGGCUCCCCGGCCAGAGUCCAAGGUGGACCAACCAUAGGAGGCUCAUUCUUCUUGUUCUCCUAGGUUCUUCGCUGUGGGCCAUCGUGCUGGUCCUGGUUUACUACAGUCAACAGGAUGUUAAGACACAAAGCAAAGAGAUCACGCCGACUGAGAAAGUCACUCAGUGUCUCUCCAAAGCUUGUCAGCGGGCCUCAGUCCGGUUAUAUACCUCUGUAGACCCCUUCAGCCAUCCCUGUGAUUACUUCUUGAUUACCUGUGGGUCUGACAGACCUUGGCCGACCACCAGGGGGAAACAAAGAAGCGAAGGCCCUCCCCUGAAUUUACAGAGACAACCGAAAGGAGCAGAGAUGAGAACAAAGAAGAAAGAGAAGAAUCUGGAUGGAAAUAUGAAAGUAGAGGAAAUACUGGAUAGAAAGAAUGCAUUGAUGCGGUAUCUCCAAGAGGCUUUGGAAUCAAAAAGUAGGUCUGGUUCAGCAGUGCAGAAGGUCAAGGACUUCUACCGUUCCUGUUUGGACACCAAAUCCAUAGAGACUGCUGGGGUGGAGCCCUUCCUCACACUGGUGCAGCAGCUGGGAGGCUGGGGAAUAUCAGGCCAGUGGAACCAGAGUGACUUCAACUCUACGCUGAAGGUUCUCAUCAGACAGUACGCCUCCUUCCCGUUCUUCAACCUCUAUGUGGGGAGAGACCCCAAUGAGAUCCUCCGUGGGACCGACCGGAAAUACAUACAGAUAGAUGAGCCUGAUCUGUUAAUCCCCAUUGCAUGGAACAACACGGCGCAGAAGUCCAUUGCUAAAACUCAGACCUUGUUCCCCUUCUUGGCAUUGUGCCAGAGGUACCUGGCUCUCCUUGGGGCUCCCUCUGGCAGCAACAUCGUCCACGUGGGCAUGUUCAUCUCUCUGUCCUCUGAGCUGGCCGUGGCCACGUCCCCCCUGUCCUACCGCCUGUUGAACGGACUUCUCUACCAGCGCAUCACCAUCAAAGAGCUGGCGAAUGAAGCUCCUGUCAUCGAUUGGCUGGGCUGCCUGCAGGCCGCCUUCCACCCCCACCCUGUUAGGCCAGAGGACCAUGUACUUCUGCAUAACCUCCCCUACAUUGUGCAGAUGUCCAAUGUUAUCCAGAAGUGGCUGACAGAGCAUGAAUUGAGAAGCAGUGGUCCAGUGCGCACCUUCAUGUUCCUCAAACUUUUGCACACCUUCACACCUGCACUAGACUCCCGCUUCAGGGAGACGGAGAGGAGGUUUUAUCUGGCCUUGGGACACACUGUACCGGAAGUUCCACGCUGGAAGCAUUGUAUCACGGAGACGGAGAAAGGAUUUGACACUGUUCUCCCCCAUAUUCUCACGGACAUGGCUACACAACGGAAGGCAGAGGAGAUGCUUGAGAACAUAUUUUCAAUCUUCAAGACCAAAUUAAAUCAUCUUGAUUGGGGAGAUAACAACUCUCAACAGUCUUUGAUGAAAAAGGUCCACUCGCUCACACCAAGACUCUGGACUCAAACUGAGAGCAAAAGGGAAUCUGAACUUGACCUACUUUUUUCAGAGGUGAAUAUUAGCACACGCAGCUACUUCUCUAACUACAUCCAGUUGCUUGAUUUGCAGCGACAGAGACGCAACCGCCUCUUCAACCAGACCCAAGAGGACGACAUUUUUUCUGUCAGACCAUUCCACUCUGGCAAUGAGGUUAUAUUUCCUAUGGGAAUGUUUGUCCCUCCAUUUUUCCACGCAACCUAUCCCAGGGCCAUGAACUAUGGUAUUUUAGGUAUCUUUAUUGCCAAAGACAUCUUUCAUCUUCUUCUACAAGACGACCCCUCUCUGAGCGAGGCGGGGACAGCGAUGGCCGAGUGCGUGUGGGCCCACUACCUCAGCACCACCGGGAGGGCCGGCGGAGGUAACGCCACGGUGCUCUCUGCGGUGCAGCGGCGGGAGAUCUGGUUGCAGUAUUCUGCUCUGCAGGUGGCGUUUCAGGCUUAUCAGCAGAGUCUACAGAGACAGCCCGAGGAUAGUGCUCUAUUGCAUCUCUCUCUCACACACCUGUUCCUCACUUCAUUUGCCCAGAAGUGGUGGCCCUCUUUCAGGUUGACUGUGAUACUGAGCCAUAUGGUGACUCCAUGCCUUUGGAGCCCUCCUUCAUGAUAACGGUCCUCUGCUCCACCUCCACACUGUGCCCUGCAGCACUGGAGUGCCCCUCAAAGACUCAACUACAUUCAUUAAAAGCAUGUUUACCACAUUCUUCUUAAGGUCAACACAAAUGAUUCUCUGAUGCAAUGCCUUAUUUUAUGUUUGCUGCUGAGAAUAUGAUAAUUAUUAAUGAUUGCCUAAUAUGUCAGACUAUAGGUAUAAAAGGAUAAUGACUACUUGGAUAUCUUCAAAUGUUGUAUAAUCUGUUUGCAGUUCAAGAAGAAUUUAUUUACUUUAUUAGAAAAGGUGAACUCUACGCUGUUUAAUUAAAUGGCAGGCCUAGUUAGGCCUAAUUGUUGUUCUACAUAUCUCGCUGCUUGGGAACACUGAUGGAAUUAUUUGUCAUUAAAAAGCACCAUAGCAA